CCUAGGAGAUCAAGGGCCCGCUCCGCACCGGGGAUGCGCCGCCCGGCCUCGAGGGCGCAGCGGGCAGCGGGUCGGUGACCCAGAAGCCCGGGCAGAGCCUCUACCGUUCUGCUCCUAGAGGGCCCGAGCUGGGUGCGGACCUGGGGCCGCAGGAGCCUCCGCAUGCUGCGGCACAUUUAGGGAGAUGCUGCAGGAGAAGGGCCUGUCAGAGAGCGAGGAGGCCUUCCGGGCCCCGGGCCCAGGGCUCGGCGAGGCCAGCACCGCCACCGCCGCCGCCGGCCCCGAACCCGCGCUGGCGACCCCGGGCCUCAGCGGAGCAGCGCUCAGCAGCCCCCCGGGCCAGGGCGCCGACGUCGCCGCCGCCGCCGCCUCGGCCGAGCAGGCCAUCGAGAACAUCAAGGUGGGACUGCAUGAGAAGGAGCUGUGGAAGAAGUUCCACGAGGCGGGCACCGAGAUGAUCAUCACCAAGGCGGGCAGGAGGAUGUUCCCCAGCUACAAGGUAAAGGUCACAGGCAUGAACCCCAAGACCAAGUACAUCCUGCUCAUUGACAUCGUCCCUGCCGACGACCAUCGCUACAAGUUCUGUGACAACAAAUGGAUGGUUGCAGGAAAGGCUGAGCCAGCCAUGCCGGGGAGACUGUAUGUCCAUCCGGACUCUCCCGCCACCGGGGCCCACUGGAUGCGACAGUUGGUCUCUUUCCAGAAGCUGAAGCUGACAAACAACCACCUGGACCCCUUUGGCCAUAUCAUCCUCAACUCCAUGCAUAAGUACCAGCCGAGGCUGCACAUUGUUAAGGCCGACGAGAACAAUGCCUUUGGCUCCAAAAACACAGCCUUCUGCACCCACGUGUUCCCAGAGACCUCCUUCAUCUCUGUGACCUCCUACCAGAACCACAAGAUCACACAACUGAAAAUCGAGAACAACCCCUUUGCCAAGGGAUUCCGGGGCAGCGACGACAGCGACCUUCGCGUGGCCCGCUUGCAGAGCAAGGAGUAUCCGGUGAUCUCCAAAAGCAUCAUGCGGCAGCGGCUCGUCUCCAGCCAGCUCUCGGCCAAGCCUGACGUCAGCCCCCUGCACAGCGCGCACCAGGCGCUGCAGCACUACCAGUACGAGAACGGGGCCCACGUACAGUUCGCCACCGCGGAGCCCCAGGAACUGGCCCUCAACACCUUCCCGGCCCAGAGGGACUCCAGCCUCUUCUACCACUGCCUGAAGCGCAGAGCAGACAGUGCCCGCCACCUGGACUUACCCUGCAAGCGAUCCUAUCUGGAGACCCCCUCUUCGGUGGGGGACGAUCACUAUUUCCGGUCUCCCCCUCCCUACGACCAGCAGAUGCUGAGCCCUUCCUAUUGCAGUGAGGUGACCCCCAGAGAGGCCUGUAUGUACUCCGGCUCAGGGCCCGAGAUCUCCGGGGUGUCUGCCGUGGACGACUUGCCCCCACCCCCGCUGAGCUGUAACAUGUGGACUUCCGUCUCGCCCUACACCAGCUACAGCGUUCAGACCAUGGAGACUGUGCCCUACCAGCCCUUCCCCGCACACUUCACCGCCACCACGGUGAUGCCUCGGCUGCCCGCCAUCCCCGCCCAGAGCGCCCAGCCGCCAGGGAACGCCCACUUCAGUAUGUACAAUCCGCUGUCCCAGUCUCAGGUCCGAGAGCGGGGACCCUCCGCCUCCUUCCCGAGAGAGCGCGGCCUCCCCGCCGUGUGCGAGCGGAAGCCGCCCUCGCCGCACCUGAACGCUGCCAAUGAGUUCCUCUACUCGCAGAGCUUCUCCUUGACCCGGGAGUCGUCCUUACAGUAUCAUUCAGGAAUGGGGACUGUGGAGAACUGGACUGAUGGAUGACCCGACCACCUGUAUCCUUGACAGCCCCAGGACCAUGUCAGUCCAGUGUUGACCUCUGUGGGUGGCUGGCACUGUCAAGAAAUAUGGAAAGGAAUUUCAGAAGGGGUGAGUGUGUGUGUGUGUGUGUGUGUUCGUGUGUGAGCAUGCUUGAGCUUCUACACGCAUGUAUGUGGUUGAAGGGCAUCUGUCUUCUAGCAUGUAGCUAAGGCCAAGAUGAGAAAACAGACAAACAUGCAAUUAUCUAAGUAAUUUUGGCCACUGGAGCCGAGUACACUGUUACCUGGCCUCUCCUGACAUGCCCUGGGUGGGAGAGAAGUGCAGGGCUCAUGAAUUACCUAGAGCUUUCUGAAAUAUGUGCUGAUUUUACUCAGGGGCCAGGCGAGGUCUCUGGCACAGGGAGGUAGGUAUCCAUGCUUACCUUAGAGUCCCUGGCCUUCCACCUGCAAGGAGAGCCGCCACUCUUGGGAACAGGAGCACCCCUUCCCUCAGCUUCUGGAGAUUGUGGGACACUACCUGAGCCGUACAGAGCUUUGAGAGUGGAGUUGGUCACACAUUUGCCUGGACUUGGGAUUCCUGAAGCUCCAGGCAGCUGAGGCAUGACUUUUAGAACGAGUCAUGCACUAAAUGUCACCUCACGGUGCUCGUUUUUCCUUUGAGGGGAAGGAAGAUGACACCAGUCGCAUCCCUGUAGUCGGUCUAGUCUUAAAGUCCCUCCCCCGAAGUCCCAGCCUGCAGCCUCUCAGCCUGUCAGGCACCACCAGUAUGCUAUGAUGGGCAGUCAAACCCAACUUACCUGGCAACAUCCCCUGGCGAUCUCACCCGGACUGAUGUUACACGUUCUGCUCCCAGAAAAUCUCCAUCCUUGAAGCAAGGAAGCUGGCAGAAGAAAAUGGACAACUGAGAAAAGGUGCUUCAGUGUUCAAGCCCAGAGGGGCUUUGGGUCUUUUCAGAAUGGGGAGGAGAGCGCAUACUCCUUGGUCCCUUAGCAUCAGAAUGGCAGGGUGGCCGGUAUGAACUCUAAAUCGGAAUUUGGAAAUCACUAAACUCUUUGCAUGCCGAAUAGCUAUUUAUAUAUUAUAUAAAUGAAUAUAUAAAUAAAUAUAUCUAUAUCUCACAGAUGCGGGCCACAUGUCAAAUUCAGCUUUGCUUUUUACAAACAAACUUACCGAGAAAUGAAUGCUGACGGGAGUAUUUGGGGAAAACAUCUAUUUAAAUUUUUAUUUACAUUUGAUGUUAACUAAGAAUGGUUUAGAUAAACAUAUAUAUAUAUUAUAAAUGCACACACUGCAGAUAAAGCUUUAUUAGAAAACACGUUAGCUGACAGGUGGUAUGAAAUUCCAAGUGUUUCUGGUAUAUAGCAUGGACGUUUUCUUUUACAUAUUGGAACAUAAAGCCAUCUUACAACUGUGAAGCGCGUGUUUGUCAUU